UAAAACCCUCACCUUGGAGAAAAACAUAUCUUCUUCUUCUUCUUCUUCUUCUUCUUCUUCUUAUUCCAGAACAAAAAAAGAGAAAACAAGAGAGGGAGGGAAAGGAGAGAAGUUCGAAAACCAGAAUCAGUGAGUGUCACUCACACAAGUCUACAAUGCCUGUGUUGAGAACGAGGACGAAAUCUUCAGUACCCGACAUAAACCCUAAUCCAACAAUCGGAGGAACCUCAAACGUCUCCAUCUACGAGAAAUGCAGACAAGACAGGAUCAACGAGAAUCUCCAGAGAAUGAAGAAACUCGGGAUCUUGGAUCUCUCACUCAACCUCAAGUCUCAGACCCGACCCGUCAAAAGGCAUUACGCUAAAUCUACGACCCGAGAUCAUUCGCCUCCUCUUCAGCUUUCCGUCUCCACCAGACGAUCCUCAAGAUUGAACAAGGAAACGCCAGGUACUCGGCGAUCCUCAAGAUUGAAGAACGUAACGCCAGUUACCUACUUCGAGGAAGCAGAAGGAAAGAAGGGCAAAGCACCUAAAGAAGAGACUUUGUGGCUUGGAGUAGGUGAAAGGCCAGAGAUUUACACUGAGGAGCAUGAGAAACUGCUAGGUAACACAGAACGAAGCUGGGAGCUUUUUGUCGAUGGUUAUGCCAAAAAUGGGAAACGGAUUUAUGAUCCUGUUAACGGAAAGACUUGCCACCAGUGCAGGCAGAAAACGCUCGGUUAUCGUACACAAUGCAGCAAAUGUCACCCAUCGGUCACGGGUCAAUUCUGCGGAGAUUGUUUGUACAUGAGAUAUGGAGAACAUGUCCUUGAAACUCUGGAAAAUCCGGACUGGAUUUGUCCUGGCUGUCGCGGGAUCUGCAACUGCAGUGUAUGUCGUACACGCAAAGGGUGGAUGCCAACCGGCUUAGCUUACAGGAAGAUAUGUAAGCUCGGGUACAAGUCCGUUGCGCAUUAUCUGAUUCAAACCAACAAGGAGUCAGGAACAAGUGAGGACACUGAAACUGAUGAUGCUCCAUCCGAAGCUUCUGCGAAGAGAUCGCUGUCUUCUAAAGAAGCAAAGGCAUCUUCAGAAGAAGAUGAUCUCCUUCAGGACGAAGACAUUGACGAUAAUCUUGAUGAUGAAGGCACAAACGAGAAUCCGGAUUCAGCGACAAAGUCAAUGAGCUUCUUGUCUUCUGGGGAAAAUCAAACUUCAGUGACUGAUGUUCAUGUUUCAGGUGAUCUCAAGCCAUCAAAUGUGAAGGAGAAGGAUCUGGAUCCAGCAACUCCUGUGAUCGUUGAUGUUGAAGCUUAUUCUGCAAACAUAGAGAAGGGAGGAAAGAGAAAAAUGUCUGUUGACCCAAAUAGUAUUGGUGCAAGACUGAGGCAGCGUCGUAAGAGUCAAGCAUGAGUGAAAUGGAAACUCUUUUAAAGUUCUCAUCUGCUUUGGCUUCCUUUAUUUUCAGCCAAAUCUAUGUAAUCUCUUUAUGUUUGAACUCUAUGAUCCUCUUUUUGUUUCUUGAAUGAUCCUCCUUAAUAUUUAAGUAAUCCUAAAUUGC